AUGGGACUUUGCAAGUGCCCCAAGAGGAAGGUGACCAAUCUGUUCUGCUUCGAACACCGGGUCAACGUCUGCGAGCACUGCCUGGUAGCCAAUCACGCCAAGUGCAUUGUCCAGUCCUAUCUGCAGUGGCUCCAAGAUAGCGACUACAAUCCAAAUUGCCGACUGUGCAACAUACCCUUGGCCAACCGGGAGACGACCCGCCUCGUCUGUUAUGACCUCUUCCACUGGGCUUGCCUCAACGAACGUGCCGCCCAGCUACCCCGAAACACAGCGCCUGCUGGCUACCAGUGCCCCAGCUGCAGUGGCCCCAUCUUCCCCCCGACCAACCUGGCUGGCCCUGUGGCUUCUGCACUGAGAGAGAAGCUGGCCACGGUCAACUGGGCCCGAGCAGGACUGGGCCUUCCUCUGAUCGAUGAAGUGGUGAGCCCGGAACCCGAGCCCGUCAACACCUCUGACUUCUCCGACUGGUCUAGUUUUAAUGCCGGUGGUGCCCCAGAACGAGAGGAGAUUGCCAGCGCUUCCGCCGCCCCAGCCUUCUACAGCCAAGUCCCCCGGCCCCCCGCUUCCCCGAGCCGGCCCGAGCAGCACACGGUGAUCCACAUGGGCAGCCCUGAGCCCUUGACUCACGCCUCAGCCCCGAGGAAGGUGUAUGACACGCGGGACGAUGACCGCUCACCAGGCCUCCACGGGGAUUGUGAUGAUGACAAGUACCGUCGCCGGCCUGCCCUGGGCUGGCUGGCCCAGCUGCUCAGGAGCCGGGCUGGGUCUCGUAAGCGGCCGCUGACCCUGCUCCAGCGGGCAGGGCUGCUGCUGCUCCUGGGGCUUCUGGGCUUCCUGGCUCUCCUUGCCCUCAUGUCUCGCCUGGGCCGAGCUGCAGCCGACAGCGAUCCCAACUUGGACCCGCUCAUGAACCCUCACAUCCGUGUGGGACCCUCCUGAGCCUUUGCUUGGAGUUGGGCCAGCCUAGGACCUGGGGGCCUGAGGUGGGGAGGUCUGGGGGCUUUUUUUCUCCGCUCCUCUUCUUCAAGCUUGAGACACUAAG